AACCACAAAAGACAGAUAGUAAAUUCCCAUUUCCCUUCGUUCUAUCAUUAGAAAUUGUUUUGGAAGCUGGGCGCGGGAAGGCUUAAACCCUAAAUCUCUCUCUGUCUUUCUCUAUCUAAAUUUUCAUUUUACACUGAAAUAAUUGCACUUCACUCCCGUGUUCUCUCUGUCUCUCGUCUGAGAUUUUUCAAUUUGAUGAAGCUCCGCAUUGCUCUCCAGUAUAUUGCUGUCCAAGGGAUUGCAGCCCAACUAAUAGAGAGAGAAAGAGACCCCGUUGUAUGUUUUCUCGUAGAGAUGGAUUCAGCGGACCUGUUUUUGGGUUGUAGUUGAAGGUAGAACUGUAAGAAGGCAUGAUGGCUAUGGCGUCCCAAUUACUACUUUUGCCAAACCUUCGGUUUCAUAGCAAUUCACAGUCCGCUCCUCGCGUAAUCUCGAAUCCCAUAUGUAGGCCAUUAAAGCUUUCCAAGUUUCAAAAGAGAUACAAGCAGUCCCUGCGAGAUUCACGAGUUUUGGCUUUCUAUGGUCGCAAAACUCCUCCUUAUAAACUGGAUGCUUUGGAACCUUAUAUGAGUCAACGAACUCUUGAAGUGCAUUGGGGGAAACACCAUCAGGAAUAUGUUGAUGGCUUGAAUAAGCAGCUCGAGAACAGUCCACUAUAUGGCCAUACCUUGGAAGAGCUGGUGAAAGUUACUUAUAACAAUGGGAACCCAAUGCCUGAAUUUAAUAAUGCUGCACAGCUUUGGAACCACGACUUCUUCUGGGAGUCCAUGCAGCCAGAUGGUGGCAAGUCACCUUGGGGAGGUGUUCUUCAACAAAUUGAGAAGGAUUUCGGCUCACUAGAAAAAUUUAGAGAUGAAUUUGUAGAAGCAGCCCUUUCGCUUUUUGGCUCGGGCUGGGUGUGGCUUGUUUUAAAAACCAAGGAAAAGAAGUUUGCUGUGAUGAAAACUUCUAAUGCUGUAAAUCCACUUGUUGGGGGUGAAAUACCCAUCAUCGGUCUUGAUAUGUGGGAGCAUGCAUACUACUUGGAUUACAAGGAUGACAGAGAAAAAUACGUGAUGACAUUCUUGAAUCAUCUCGUGUCAUGGCAUACGGUGGCGUUGCGCAUGAUCCGAGCAGAGGCCUUUGUAAAUCUGGGAGAGCCAAAGAUACCAGUAGCGUGAAGCUUUUUAUUUCUUUAUGUAUUUAUUUAUUUUUACUUGAAGCUAAUUUUUGACAUGUAUCAUAGUGAUAAAAGUUGGAAAGAAAAAAGAAAAACACGUAGCUGUGAGUUUUUCUCUAUGCUCAUUUGCAAACAGUCCAACCAGAAUGACCUCUUUAACCCAAUCUCGAUAACACAAUUAAAAAGGUUAUUGCAAAUUUGCAA